AUGGUUGGUAAAGUCACAAUCCUCAUUGAAAAGACUGACAAAAAUAUAAACAAACAUGAAAGUGAUGGAGAUAGAGACCAAUAUAAGUACAAUAAUGGAAGUAUUACUAUAACCAAGGAAUGCAACAUUUUAGGGUCUAGCUCCUACUUUAUCCUCGUACACAAACCAAGAGUAAACAGUUACAUCGAUGCAGUGAAAUAUAAUGGGAAUAGUUUGCAAACAACCGCCUCUUUGCAAAGUUACGGUUCCGUACAUGUCUACUACUGGGCGGGUGAUGAAGAUCGUGAGAGUCCACUUGCCAUCGGACUCAUGACUAGAUACGUUUCCACCUACUAUGAGAUUAUCUGUAAGGACCAAAACAUCUUAUUCAAUGAGUUAUCAUCUAGUAAUGAGCUUGAAGAUGCACUUGAUAGACAGAAUUGUAAGAGAAACAAUGCGCAUGUUCUCAAUAUUCGCCAAAAGGAUGGAAUUAGCUAUAAAUGCUCAGCCUGUAAAAAUGUCGAAAUAAGGCUUAAAUGUUCCAAAGGGAGCGGGUAUGUAGAGGUUACACAUACUCUAUCUCACAAUGCAAAAAUAGGCACAAUAGUAGAAGGUACUCAUUAUGCGAAGGGAUUUGACUCUGGGAUAUUUACCGAGACCAGUAUGGCCGUUUACUUUUCUGAAGUUAUUGAAUCUGAAACACCUUUAAUCAUAUCGUUUAGAAAUGAAGAGAAAUACUACACAUGCGAUAAAGAACGUGGAUGGAAGGUGGCGGAAGGGAUAACAUCGGAGACACUUGAAACUGAUAUUCCAAAGCAAAGAUGCAAAAGAACAAAAACUCACAGAAUAGAACUCUCCCGUCAAUCAGGCUAUCACUGCUCUAUUUGUAAUGCCCAGAUUGAAGUGGAGGAACAGAAGAAUUAUGCACAGUAUAACGUUUACAAACAAUGCACUCAUGAUAAAGAUUUUUCGGUUUCCUCAUUUGUUUUUGAAGAGACCAUACAAGCAGGUAUUACACUUCCAAAAGGAAUAGAAUACUUGCAUGUAUAUUUUUAUCCUAAAGAGAGCAAGAGUCCCGUUUUUGUCUAUAUACCAUACGAAGAUGCUUAUAGAUACAGCACUGCUGUCUGGUAUAGGAAACUUUAUUCCGAUGGAAAUGAAUGGAUUAUAGAGGAAAGGUUACCAAAAUAUUUCGAUAGCUCCACUGUAGAGCUGUUACAAAAAAUAUGCGAAGAAAUAAAACCAAAACAUUUGUCAAUUCCUCAAAGUCAAAAUCCUAAAGCUCCAGAUAUGAUACCCAAAGUCGAACAAAAUGGUGUCUCUUCCCUCUCCUCACCUUCAAAAUACGACAGUUAUGGAAUGCUAAUUGGCGCCGUCAUUGGUGGCCUAGCCUGCUUAUGCCUUGUUGGCGUUGCAAUGUGGAAGGUAGGACCUUCAGUAAGGACUCGUUUGGCCAGUAUACAACCCCUCCUGUAG